GCCCCCUUUCCUGUCUUCGCAUCAAGGAAACAAGUUGAGUUUCAGAGAAACCUACUACGAAGAGCACGCCAAGCCUUCCGGCCCCACUCCCAGCCAGCCUGGGCCUCUGUGCUACCGCUGCUGUGUCCAGGGUCUAGCAAGAGCCGGAGUAGAGGCAGCGAUGCCGGACCCCGCGGCGCACCUGCCCUUCUUCUAUGGCAGCAUCUCGCGCGCAGAGGCAGAGGAGCACCUGAAGCUAGCGGGCAUGGCCGACGGGCUCUUCCUGCUUCGCCAGUGCCUGCGCUCGCUGGGCGGCUACGUGCUCUCGCUGGUGCACGACGUGCGCUUCCACCACUUCCCCAUCGAGCGUCAACUCAACGGCACCUACGCCAUCGCGGGCGGCAAGGCGCACUGCGGCCCGGCCGAGCUCUGCGAGUUCUACUCCCGGGACCCCGACGGGCUGCCCUGCAACCUGCGCAAGCCAUGUAACCGGCCAUCGGGGCUCGAGCCGCAGCCCGGGGUCUUCGACUGCCUGCGGGACGCCAUGGUGCGCGACUACGUGCGCCAGACAUGGAAGCUGGAGGGCGACGCCCUGGAGCAGGCCAUCAUCAGCCAGGCCCCUCAGGUGGAGAAACUCAUUGCCACGACUGCCCACGAGAGGAUGCCCUGGUACCAUAGCAGCCUGACACGUGAAGAGGCCGAGCGCAAACUCUACUCAGGCUCUCAGACCGACGGCAAGUUUCUGCUGAGGCCCCGGAAGGAACAGGGCACAUAUGCACUGUCUCUGAUCUAUGGGAAAACUGUGUACCACUACCUCAUCAGCCAGGACAAGGCUGGGAAAUACUGCAUUCCAGAGGGGACCAAGUUUGACACACUCUGGCAGCUGGUAGAGUACCUGAAACUGAAAGCUGAUGGGCUCAUCUACUGCCUGAGGGAGGCCUGCCCCAAUGCCAGUGCAAGUGCCAGCUCAGGGGCUGCUGCUCCCACACUCCCCACCCAUCCAUCCACAUUCACACACGCCCAAAGACGGAUCGACACACUCAACUCAGAUGGAUACACCCCUGAGCCAGCACGCCCAGUGUCCCCAGACAAACCACGGCCAAUGCCCAUGGACACGAGUGUGUACGAGAGCCCCUACAGUGAUCCCGAGGAGCUCAAGGACAAGAAACUGUUCCUGAAACGCGAGAACCUCCUGAUGGCUGAUAUUGAACUUGGCUGUGGCAACUUUGGCUCAGUGCGCCAGGGCGUCUACCGCAUGCGCAAGAAGCAGAUCGAUGUGGCCAUCAAGGUGUUGAAGCACAGCACGGAAAAGGCAGACAAGGACGAGAUGAUGCGAGAGGCACAGAUCAUGCACCAGCUAGACAACCCCUACAUUGUGCGGCUCAUCGGGGUCUGCCAGGCUGAGGCCCUCAUGCUGGUCAUGGAGAUGGCAGGUGGCGGGCCCCUGCACAAGUUCCUGCUGGGGAAGAAGGAGGAGAUCCCCGUCAGCAAUGUGGCAGAACUGUUGCACCAGGUUUCCAUGGGAAUGAAGUACCUGGAAGAGAAGAAUUUUGUGCAUCGAGACCUGGCAGCCCGCAACGUCCUCCUGGUCAACCGGCAUUACGCCAAGAUCAGCGACUUUGGCCUCUCCAAGGCACUGGGUGCUGAUGACAGUUACUACACUGCCCGCUCGGCGGGGAAAUGGCCGCUCAAGUGGUACGCCCCUGAGUGCAUCAACUUCCGCAAGUUCUCCAGCCGCAGUGAUGUCUGGAGCUUCGGGAUCACCAUGUGGGAGGCCUUCUCCUAUGGCCAGAAGCCCUACAAGAAGAUGAAGGGGCAGGAGGUCAGGGAAUUCAUCGAGCAAGGCAAGAGGAUGGAGUGCCCACCGGAAUGUCCACCUGAAAUGUACAAGCUCAUGAGUGACUGCUGGAUCUACAAGUGGGAGGACCGCCCAGACUUCCAGACUGUGGAGCAGCGUAUGCGCACCUACUACUACAGCUUGGCAAGCAAGGCUGAGGGCCCUGAUGCAUGUGGAAAGGCAGCUGAGGCUGCCUGUGCCUGAGUUUCAGCUUUUCCAGGGCCUGGGGCCCAUCUUCCCUGCUCCUCUUGUGCCCUAUGUCCCGUGCCAGGACCAGGGGCCCAGUGCCUCUCCCACCAGCCGGGCUGCAGAAAGGGAGAGGCAGCCACAGCCUUUGUCCACCAGGACUCUCCUCAUCCUGGACUGACUGCAGGCCCUGAGCUGAGGGGUGUUGCUUACCCACCUUCCUCUGGGAAGGGGAGUCUUCAGAGACUCAUCAGGUGGCAAGUCCUAAAUCACUGGAAUAAACUCAGCUUCUCUUGGUUAA